AUGACUCGUGGAAUAUAUGGCGUGGGAGUUGCCCUCAGCCCCAGAGCUGAACGCGCUUUGCUGGAUUGGAUCCCAGUGAACAGUAGUCUGCGCCGUCCGCUCAGCGGCUGUCGGCAUAAAAAGGGGUGCUUGUUUGUAGUAUCGGCUUAUUCCCCAACGGACGGCAGUUCUAACUCUGAGAAGGAUCCUUGUAUUGAGAGUUAUCCGCGCACAUUCGUGAAGCGAAAAGCACUGACACUGUGGGCGAUUUGCAGCAUGUAUAAAAUAAAGAGCAAGUGGAGCAAGCCAACAGGGAGAGUCCCUUGGUAA